UGGUGGUGAAGAGGCAAUCAGAAUGAAAAGUACUUGAACUGUGUGAAGUAGAUAAAUAGCUUCACUCUACAGAGGCUUCUCACAGCUACAGAGAUGGAAAACCAUAGCAAGCUUUGUUCCCCAAAGAACUCCAAGCAUGCACACAUCUCGGUCAGCAAGCAUGGGGCAAGAAACAGCCAAACUCAGCCCUUUAAUCUCCACACCGAGCAACGAGGACAGAAGAAGGAACGAGCAUUUGUGAAGAGAGUGCAAGAAAUGGCUGCUGAAGAAGCCAAGCGCCGGAUUCCUGUUGCACAAGGAUUGCCAUGGACAACAGACAAACCUCAGAGUCUAUCAAAACCUCCAGUAAAGGAGCAGACAAAGCCUAUUAAUAUCAAGCUUCAUACCGAGCAAAGAGCAGCUCGGCGUGCUGGAUAUAAUUAUCUGGUUGCAAGCAAGAUUAAUUCCUUGGAGAUCCUUCGCAGGUUUGAAGAGAAAAUUAUGAAGGUUAUUGAACAAGAGGAGAUUAAAAAUAUGAGGAAGGAGAUGGUGCCGAAAGCUCAAUUGAUGCCCUUUUUCGACAGGCCAUUCUUUCCACAAAGGUCAACAAGACCUCUAACAGUCCCAAGGGAGCCCUGUUUUCAUCUUAUAAAGCAAAAAUGCAGCAUCAGUGACCAACCUUACAAGUUUCACAAGUACUUCAACCACAGUAUGAAGUCUGUCAAGUAAUAGUUGGGAUGAGUUCACUAAUCUUAUUAAAUAUGUAAUGUACAAAGUUUACAUAACUUUUCCUUCGAUUAUGGAGUCGAAAGAAGAGCAUAUAUCAUUCCAAGAAAAAAGUGUUCAAGGAAAUGUAGUAGACCACUUCUCGGUCUUGUGAUUUCA